AUGUCUUCUUCACCUUUCUUUGCCCCUGAAAAAGCUGCGCCUUCACGGCUUUUGGACCUACCAAAGCCAAAGACGACGGAGCGUACUCGGGAUGAUAAAGAGAAUGUUCCCUUUCGUAACACCAGUCCACUAUUUGUGUGGAAUCAUACUGUCACUCCUUUGGGAAAGAAAUCUCCGUCGGAAAUGUUAUACCCAGUGGUCCAACGGGGCACCUAUCCCUUGAUUGUGGAUCCUCAUGCUAAACGCACUUCUGGUAAGAACACAUUGUAUCCGAUCUGUUUAAAUUCAACCUUUGAGGGCCAUUGUACUUGUUCCAAACCCGGGACUUGUAAGACCCACAAGGUGGGCCGCUAUGCUGGCAAAACACGUCUUCAUAUCGAUUUGAAUGAUGCGCGUUGGUCCGCGGCCAACUACAAGGAAGAGGAUUGGAAGCCAAUUGUCAAUUUCAUAAAGAAGUAUCACGAUCAUAUUUUGCCCGCAGCAAGGCAUCACCAAGUACAACUUGGUGAUGGGAUCCACUGGUACCCGAAGGGGCCCAGCUUGUGGAGCAUGACUCCAAGCCAGUGGUAUCAGACAGAGUAA